AGUUAAAAUCAUUUGUGUAACUCAAAUGUUGGCAUUUCAACUACUCCUUGCAGUUGUAACUGCCGAGUACGGCGGAUCUCAGGUGAAGGACAUGUUCGAAGCCUACAAGGAGAAAUUUGGACACAACUUCGGUGCACAAGACGAUUCCCGUAUGAAGAUUUUUGCAGAUAACCUCCGCUACAUAGAAGAGGAGAAUGCCAAAGGUCUGCCCUACAAGCUCAAGGUGACUCCAUUCGCUCAUCUGACCAAUGCCGAGUUCAGAAUGACCAGACUCGGGACAAUGCCGAAGGAUAGAAGCUUUACCGGAAACGAAGCAAACACCGUUGGUUAUGAGGGCUCCGUUGAAGAGCUUCCCGCAGCUGUCAACUAUGUUGCCAAAGGCUGGGUUACGGGUGUUAAAGAUCAGGGCGUUUGUGGAAGUUGCUGGGCCUUCUCAACUACUGGUGCCCUUGAGGCUCUUCACAAGAAUCUUACCGGGGAUCUCGUGCCACUUUCGGAGGAACAGUUACUUGACUGCAGCCUGUCUUAUGGGACUCAGGGGUGUCAGGGUGGAUGGAUGUCCAACGCAUUCGAAUACGUGGCGGAUCACGGUAUCGAUUCGGAGAAGGAUUAUCCAUAUAAAUCAAAAUUUAUUCCAAUCUUCUUUCCGAUUCAUCUUCCCUGUCAACACAAUCAUACGGCCGUAAUCGCGCCUCAUUCCACACGCUAUGUGAACGUGACAUCCUCAAAGCCCGCCCUUCUGGCAGCGAUAGCCUUGAGUGGGCCAGUCAGUGUCGCCAUUGAUGCGGGAUCGAGAGCCUUCCAACACUAUGGCGGAGGGGUUUUGAAUUCUCCGUGCAAUACGACAUUGAAUCAUGGUGUUCUCGCAGUUGGCUAUGACUUGGAAGCAAUUGAGCCUUACUAUCUUGUAAAGAACUCCUGGGGAGCUAGAUGGGGCGACAAAGGUUACAUCAAGAUGGCCAUUGACGAUUCACCCAAGGGUAUUUGCGGCAUUUUGCUCGCGGCGAGUUACCCCAUUUCAGCUUGAAUGAUCCACUAGCCAUCUGCUGCGCCUAGUCUAGUGAGGAAUUUAGA